CCUUGUACCGGAAAUGACGCUGCUUCUGUAAGAAGCAGACAGUAUGCUAGCGUGAUGCUAAGGGUUUGUAGGGGUAAUUUAAGGUUGAAUGUUUAUUAAAAGUCUUACAAAUGGCACGAUGUUAUUUUCAUCAGAUUGUCUACCGACCCGGUCCGGUUUGUUGUUAUAACAAGCUGUGUGAAUGGGACCACAAAUGCCGCUGCAGUACGCUUUCUAAAGCCGAUGUCAUUGGCAGAGCUCUUGAAAACCUUCCGAUAAGUGGCGCAGGUUGUGAUCACACCAUGUUCUGCAUGUAGUGAUGCAGAUGCAUCAAAAUAAGGAGUCCACAUGGGGACUAUAAUAAACCAGCAAACUCAAGUUGAAUUCUCGAGUUAUUAGCUGCCAUGCGUAUUAGUUUCUGCCAAGGCCUGCUGACUGCUGCUAUCGUCCUGAACCUCCUGAUACUCUACUAUGUAUCUCGAGCCCAACAGCAGAUGAUGGAGAAGAGGAAAGAGCUUGGACGAGGAUCCAGAAGGGCUAUCCUUCCAGCCUCGGGGCUCGGAGGAGGUCUGGUGGCCGUUGGGGGGGCUGGAGGUGAUCGUGGAUUGGUCGGAGUCGAAGGACACGGUCGAAGUGCAAGAGUGACUGUUCUGCUCCGAGAGUUUGAGAACUUUGAAAACUUUGUGGGAGAUGUGGCAAAUUCUUUCCUCCAUCAGCGUGCUGACCUGCCCUUCCUGGCCGUGGCUGACGUGCCUCCAUAUCCUCCUUUGGUGCUUCCCGACGGCGCCCGGCUUCUUGUGCUCUCCCCCAGCCCGGACCAGCCGCCCCAAGCUCACAGGCCAGAGUUUCAUGUCCAGACAGAGUUUGUGUUUCUGGUCCCUGAUGGGGUGGAGCUGGAACAACCUCGGGUGAUAGAGAGGCUCAUCAGGGAGCUAGAAGGCGAGGGCGGGGGUCCUGUGCGGAUGGUAGCUGCACCCGUGUUGGUCCGGUCCGCCGUGCAGUGUCUCCACCUGCGAGUGAACCUCAGGGAGUGGACGGCCACCUACUCGCCGGCGGCGUCUGGAAGCAGUGGGAGCGUCUGUACUGCAUUACAAGGAGAUGCUGUGGUCCUGAUGCGCACAGAGGAUCUCUUUAACCUCUCUGUCCCUCUGGGCCGCCCUCUUUUUCCAGCACUUUUCAUCCAAACUGCCCUGAGGGGUUGGAAGGUCAAACUGCUGGAAAGCCCUUGUUUUUCAGCAACCCACCGUCCACUUUUCAGCUCCGCACACAACCAGUGGAAAGCAGACACUCGAAUGAAGGAGGCUACAGGCAAGCUCAUGAAGGGUUUUGGUGUAAAGCGCCUCCUGCUGUCUGAUGGGAAGGAGCAGUGGUUUGGCUGUAGUAAAGAAACCCCCCGCUGCUUCGGCACUGUACAGGAUGACACCCCAGACUACCUUUAUUUAGAGCGCUGGACACCCCCUUGCUGCUUGCGAGCGCUCAGAGAAACCACAAAGUACGUCAUCAACAUCCUGGAGAGUUCUGGCGUGCGCUACUGGCUCGAAGGCGGUUCUCUGCUCGGGGCUGUUCGCCACCAAGACAUUAUCCCGUGGGAUUACGACGUGGACCUGGGGAUCUAUCUGGAGGAUGUGCCCAACUGUGAUCAUCUGAAGAACCUGGAUUCGGGCUCUCUGGUAGAUGCUAAUGGUUACGUGUGGGAGCGCGCUGUGGAAGGAGACUUUUACCGAGUCCAGUACAGUGAGGCCAACCACUUGCACGUUGACCUCUGGCCUUUCUAUUCGCGCAAUGGCGUCAUGACCAAAGACACAUGGACAGACCACAAGCAAGAUGUGGAGUUCCCAGAACAUUUCCUGCAGCCGCUGGUGCCCAUGCCUUUUGCCGGCAUCACAGCUUUUGGCCCCAACAACCAUAAAGCUUUCUUGGAGCUCAAGUUUGGGGAGGGGGUGAUUGAGAACCCCCAGUACCCCAACCCAGCUAAAAAGAGGCUGGACAGAAGCAAGUUAUGAGUGUAAAUAAACUUUUGCAUGAACUUUUACUGCGGAAUUGUCCAAAAAAAAAAAAUCUUCUUUAGGUUGUCUUCAAAAAAUGUUGCCACAAAAUCCAACAAAAAUGGUGCCAGGAUGACUGCUGAUAUAACAAAAUUCUUUAUUAGCAAAAAUUAUUCAAUUAUAUUUUUGUUUUUACGUGUUUAAUUGUGUGGUUUUUCUCCGUUGGGAGGCUUUUACUGCAUACUUGAAAAAUGUCAGUCCAAACUGAAGUGUAUGUUUACGCAAACGGAACUUGUUUUACUGUAUUAUGUGUGUAAGAAAGUGUUUAAAGUUGAGAAAUAAAUUAAAUUAUUCCGAUAUUAGUUUUUACAUUAUAAGCUGAGAGGUAUAAAGCUGUUACUAACAUUGCCACCAAAUAUUUUAAAAUUUGUCAAUAAUGUUGCCUUUUGUCCAGACUGCCUCUUUUUUUAUAUUUAUUUGAUCUACACACAGUUUAUGAAUGUUAUACCAAAACCGUUUGGUAUUAAGUAUUUCUAUGAACGCAUUUGCAAAACGAAAAGAGACGUGUUGAUGUGCAAAAAAAUCCAUAGCUAUUAUACAGAAGACCAUGAUAAAAAAAAAAGAAAGUGUGCCAGACUUUGGUGUUUCAUGUUGUGGGUUUUAUAUGCUACAAUUUACAUUUCAGUACCAAUUUUCCAUUCAUCUUAGUUUUAUUUGCCUUUUUAGGCCACAUUUUAUGUUUAAAUGUUUUGGAAUGUAGUCAUAAUAAUACAACCAGUAUUCUGAUUUGGCCUAGGUUUCCCAUCUCUAUUUAUAAAGAGGGUCUCAAAGCUACAUUUUGUCCUUUUUUUCUUAUUGUAGUGUUUUUAUUUUUGUUUGUUUCGUCUCUUGUGGAUCUUUGUAACAGGCCUUUUUUAACUCAUUAAUACCUCCAAACUUGUGUUGCAUAUGGAACCUGUGUAUGCAAACCUGUGUUUGGCUCAGGUGGUAGAGCGGGUCGUCCAGGAACCGAAAGGGUUGGCGACUCGAUCCCUGCUCUCUGCAGCCAGCUGUCGGCUCCCGAGCGCGGCACGUCUGCAGCUCACUGCUCCCCAAGGGGAUGGGUCAAAUGCGGAGAACAAUUUCAAAUAAAAGUAGAAUGUAUUAUUUAGUUAUUAAUGUAUGUUCUUACUAAGCUCAAAUGUUUUGCAACUUGCACCUGAUAAAAUGGGAGGAACUGCUCUGUUUGAAGCUAAGAAACCGUUUUUAUGUCAGUCAAAAGUCUGCAGAAAAAUACCAAACUUCUCUUUAUCUCCGGUGAAUUAAAAAAUAAUCAUUUUACUUCUAUUACUGGCUGUGACACACGGAAUUUAAAAAAAUAUUUAAUUGUAAAAAAACAAAUUAAAAAGCAUCGUUUUCAAUUUGUCGUGAGGACUGGUCAAAUUAGUGUCAAAGUGUACCCUGUUCUGAACACUAGGUGGCACAACAACAGCAGGAAUUCUAAUGAAACAGGAAGUGCGGGGGAAACCGGAAAUAAGCGUGUGUGUGUGUGUGUGUUUUUUUUUUAAUCGGUUUCACAAGUUGUGUAAUAAUUUCACAAUUCUUCUUUCUUUCUCGUGUGAAUUAAACCGGAAAUAUUCCUAGAUGUAUGUUUACAUUUUCAUUCAUUAAAAUGAGCCCAUUAGUUAU